UCACAGGGCUAUACCAAAAUAAAUAAGCUGAAACUGCUUCGUCUGCACCUUCCUCGAGAGGAAGCCAGACUCCACACGUCGAUUGUUUUUCGUUUCUUCCCGACGCCUCUCCACGAAUCGAUUCCACAGAAGGUCACGGAAGUGGCUGACGUUAUUAUCAUCAUCAGCAUAAUCAUUCUGGUGCGAUUGUUUCUGCAGAGCAGAAUUUGGGGUUUGAGUGUGCUGUCAAGGUCACGCAUUGUGUGCGUGAGAUAUGAAUGUUUGUGAUGUAUUCAAACUUAAUAAUUUAAGAGCAAUCGGUGGGUUCCAAUCCUGUGCAAUGCCAACAACAACCUUUUUCCGUGGGGUUUCCCUGCUUAGAUUGGGUUGUAUUGUAUUGUUUUUCCUCCUUUUGUUAAACAUUUAUUUCGAAAGUUUAAAAUUGCUUCUAAUUUUGUGGAUGGUUGUAGGUAAAAAGUAAAAAAAACCAAAUAAAUCAUAACCGCACCAUGGUGUCUUGAUUGAGCCCUUCACUCACAAGGCCACGUGUGCUUGUGGGGGGGGGGCGCUUGACCCGUAAACUGCUUGGCCGCUGCAGCUAAAAGCUGUGAAAUCCGCGAACGGGUUAAGCUACUGUCCUGAUGGUAGAGCUGAGAGCUCCGUGCGACUGAACCCCUCGUGGCUAGAUUAUGGCUGGCGUGUAAAUAUACUUUCAACACGCGUCCUUCAUCGGGCACCCUACGCCGUUGCCAAAUGUCAGGAUGGCAACAAGCAAAAAAAAAUCCGCCGUACAGAUGGCUGCCAAAAAUACAAAUUAGCUUUGAGUAAAAAAAUAUAUAUCCGUGUUUAUUUGCUCGAAAUGCUUUAGAUUUUAAAAAAUAGCUUAGAAUGGAUACGGCUGUGUCGUUUCUUUUUUUCUUUUUGCAGUUUACACUGCUUAGCUCUCUGUUGUACCCCGUGUUGUUAGGCAUGGAUGUCCGACGUUUUGCUCCCGGGAACAACCCGAGGACAGAUGUGAGAGCUAUAGCUUAGAUCGGAUGUUGUUACAGCGAAGAGCAGAUUUUUUUUUGGAUCAAGGGUUUGAGCCCACAAGUUGUAGGUUCGUGGACACAGCAUGCCCGGUGCAUUUCGAGGAUGAUCGCCCAGCGCACGUGGGGGCAAUGACAGUUUUCGCACGUCGCUCGCAUGCCGUGAAGAGGACGCCCACUCCGAACCAAGCGGCGUGGACGGAGCGGCCUAGGUUAAAUAGAGAGAGAGAGAGAGACCGUGGGGCGUGCAGCAGUGCCCCGACGCCAAAUCCCGGUGUCGCAGGACGAGGCUGCCUGAGGCCAUAAGCCGAUUAGGAUCCGGCUUCGGCAACGAAGCUCCACGGACGGCGCAGAGGGCCGGGUGAUCCACCACGCGAGCUCACCUCGUGCUGCUGCCAGUGACGUCGCUAAACCUCUUUCGUCCGCCCUUUACUGCGGGCAAACGAAGCUGCCGGGUCUCUCCACUGCCAGAGCAAAGUGAAAAACAAAAUUGCGUUCACGUCUCCUAUUUUGAAAGAAUGCAAUUUCGCUGGGGUUUUUUUUUGUAACACAAAUUUCGUCGACAAAUUCGGAGAGAAGUCCCGUUUCGUUAACAUUCGUGUGCACCGAACAACGAAUUUCAAGAAAACUGAGUGGCUCGUUCAAGUGAGCAGCGAUUCAGUGUCGCCUUUGAAGAUACGAAGCGCCGAGGCGUCUCGAACGCGCCCAAUAAUCGCGUGCCGAGGAGGAGGAGGAGGCGGCGGCUGGGAAUUGUCCCUCGCGGUGCCACGGUCGGUGCCCGACACAGGCGACGUGUGGACGGGUCGCUGACGUGCACUUGAAGCCUGUGUCAUGCGCGCGAAUCCCCGUGAGUACCCGCCGAGCACAUUUGUUUCCUUAAUUAUUUAAAUCAAGUUGCCACUCCGGAAGCUCUGAAACAUCGCAGCUCCACGAUUACUUUUUCUCUUAAAUUCAGUGGGCUGCCUUUUGUUCUACAAUUCUCUGUAGAAUGUUCUGACAAAAUUGGCAAUUGCAGGCGAGUUUUUUUUUCCUGCCUAGGUUAUUUUCACUUUCAUUCGUUUGUAAAAGUGUUGAACGCUUAUUGAUUUAUUACACAACAGAGCUGUAACCUGACACGUGGACUGUCGCGUAAAGAGUAGCCGAUCGGUGCACUCUGCGUGGAGAAGACUACGACGACGCAUCCGAGAGGUAGAGAGACUUCGGCGGAGGGGAGGGAAGGGGACCGAUGGAAAAGAGCGACGUCUACCGGGUCCUGCACCGAGGACUCAAGUGCAGCGUUCGUCCCCUGCCUCUCGACAUCGAACUCUGGCUUUACGUGCAAAAAACCAGGGGCAUGAAGAAGCCGAGGAUGGAGGCGUCGUGCCUGGAGCUGGCGCUGGAGGGCGAGCGCCUGUGCCGGGCGGGCGAGGCGCGCUCCGGCGCCUCCUUCUUCGAGGCGGCGGUGCGCGUCGGCACCGAGGACGCGCGCACGCUGAGCGCCAUCUACAGCCAGCUGGGCAACGCCUACGUGUGCCUCGGCGAGCACGGCCGUGCUCUCGAGUACCAUGGGCUGGACCUCACGCUGGCGCGGAAGAUCGGCGACCGCGCCGCAGAGGCCAAGGCGAGCGGCAAUCUGGGAAACCCGCUCAAAUUCCUCGGGCGCUUCGAGGAGGCCAUCGUGUGCUGCCAGCAUCACCUGGACGUAUCGCGGGAGAUUGGCGACCAGGCUGGCGAAGCGAGGGCCCUGUACCUCCUGGGCAGCGUAUACCAUGCACAGGGCAAGAGCCUGGGCUGCUCGGCGAGCCAAGACCCCGGGGAGCUGGGCCCUGAAGCCAAGUUCUGCCUGGAGCAAGCAGUCAACCACUACCAAGCCAACCUGGCACUGGUGCGGGAGCUCGGAGACCGGGCGGCUCAGGGCCGAGCCUUCGGUAACCUGGGCAACACCUAUUACCUCCUGGGCUGCUUCAGCCAAGCCGUGGCCUGCCACCAGGAGCGGCUGGCUAUCGCACGGGAGUUUGGAGACAAGGGGGCGGAGAGGCGUGCGUACAGCAACCUGGGAAAUGCGCACAUCUUCCUCGGCCAGUUCGAGUCGGCCGCGGAGUUUUACAAGAAGACGCUGCAGCUGGCUCGACAGCUGCGUGAGCGGGCGGUGGAGGCGCAGGCGUGCUACAGCCUGGGCAACACCUGCACCCUCAUGCAGGACUACUGCCGCGCAGUCGACUUCCACCUCAAGCACCUCGCCAUCGCACAGGAGCUGCAGGACAGGGUCGGCGAGGCGCGGGCGUGCUUCAGCCUCGGCAAUGCCCACUCGGCCCUGGGGAGCAACCGAGAAGCCGUGCGCUUCGUCACCAAGCACCUGGAGCUGUCGCGGGAGAUCGGUGACCGCAGCGGAGAGGCCACCGCUCGGGCCAACCUCGACGAGCUGCACGGCAUUCUAGCAAUCAACAACAACAACGACGACGACGCCACGAAGCGCCCCGACGAGCUGCCCAUCCGCCGGAACGAGUUCACCACGCAGGAUUCUCCUCGCUGUUGUCAUCUGUGCCCAGGGGCGAGACCGAGAAUCAUUCAUAGGCACAGCGUGGACAACAUGGAGCUAAUGAAGCUCACCAUUGACAAGAGCCAGAACGGUGGGGAUGAGGCGCGGAGUCCAGGCCAGGGCCGCCCACCGCUCGUCAAACAACUCUCCGGCUGCUCCUUCCUCCCGUCGCGCCUCAAGGGCCGCAAGUACCGUGAGGGCAUCACGACCGCCGAGCAGAGAUCCACGGUUGCCGCCGCCACCGCUGAUGCAGACGAUGUCACGGUGCAACUUCCCAACAUGGGCCGGGCUGUGAUCUUUAAAUGCCGGCUCUUGGAUUGUGCGCGGAAAGCGGAGAGGAUCAGCCCUGAACCGUCGUCGGACAGCGAAGGAUUUUUCGAGCAGCUGAGUCGAUCCCAGGCUGACCGAAUGGACGACCAACGCUGCUCCUUCUUGUCCCCGGGAGACACUGCCUCUUCACUGACGGUGUCAACCAACAGGAACUCCCGCCUCCCGUCGCCGCAGACGGAGGAGUUGCUGGACCUGAUCAUGCAGACGCAGGGCCGGCGACUCGACGACCAGCGAGCCACAGGCUCCGACCUGCCCGGCCUCAACGUGGCUCAGUGCGGCGGAGCAGCGGCCGCCGCCGGCGGCCUCGGGCAGCUGCUGGCGAACGGGGAGGUCCCGCAGGCCGACGAUGACUUCUUUGACAUGCUCAUCCGCUGCCAGGGCUCGCGCCUGGACGACCAGCGCUGUGCCCCGCCACCCGAAGCCCCGCGCGGCCCCACGGUGCCCGACGAGGACUUCCUGAGCCUGAUCCAGCGCACGCAGGCCAAGCGCCUGGACGAGCAGCGAGUGUCGCUGCCGCCCGGCCUGCGACGGCCCAGCACCUCCUGAGGACGCACGGCACGCACGCACGCACGCACUCACACCCCACCACUCCGCCGCUACUUGUCCAUUACAGUAUUUAUUUUUCCACUCGCUGUGGUUAUUUCAGGGCGAAUGGGCACUGUGGCUGCGCGAAUGCACCUCUGGGUCCGCGGUUUGCAGAUUGAACUCCAGCCUCACCCCCCCCCCCUUCACCUCCGACAUUAAGCUGCAGGAUCGUUAGUGUUAAUGAGCGAGUGCAGAAUCUGUUCCAGGUGAAGGUCCCAUGUUGUUUAUUUAUGAAGUGAGGCUGUUGUGUGUCAUGGCCGCAUUUUUCCCCGUUAUCUCUAAAUUGUCAGACUGUUCUUUCCUGAAUGCUUGCCGAGGCUAAGUGUGCCUCUGUUCAGCCGGCACGAUACCCUCUUGCCGCGUCGCACUCGACGGCGACUUUUGAUGGCGGAGAUUGCGAUUGCAUCUUACGAUUGCAUCUUACGUUAAAUCUUCUGGUGCCGUUAAUUGCGCUUGCUGGAAAAUGUGCAGUCUGCUUUGGGACAGCUCAUCGCUGACCGACCUUUUCCCUCCGGCUUUCCUUAGGGUUCGGCACAGGUGUGGGAUGUCUGUUGCAGGGCGCACCUAUUCGUGUGGGCAGUGGCAUCGUGUGGUUCACACAGGUCCCGGUGCAAGGAAUUAAAUGAGGCUCUUCUGUUCAAUUCCCCCCCCCCCUCUUGGCGCAUGGACCCCGGCGGCUCUGAGCCCCCUGUGUAUUAGCACAGCCUGCUCAGCUUAUGGGAUGGUUAACCUAAGUUCCCCAUUGUCCCACAUUCCAUCUCACGUGGGUUAGCGACUGCACUAAAGUAACAUACCAUAUUUAGGAGGGCAUUGAACAGGUUGGUUGAUGCAAGACUUUAUUCUAAAAUGAAACAGUUAUUUGAUUAAAUAAAGUAUCCAAGAUUUUAUAGGUACAUUACCAUUCUUCAAGAUUGGUUCACAGUAUACACAAUACUUAUAAAAAACCGUAAUCUAUCAAAUUAAAUAAUCAAGCUAUACAGUCCAGUAUUUCUAAUUGACUUUCUUGUGGUUUGGCAAAAUGAGAGUCUACAUUGUAACGGUUUUUGAAAUAGCCAAAUAUGUAAGUUUAUGUUAAGCCCUAUAAAAUCUCAAGAUCAAUGAUAAUGUGUCUAUUGAAUAAAAACGCAGUAAACGUAUGUAUACCCAUAACGUUUGUGAAAAGAAAUAUUUUAUCGUGUGAUAACCGUUUAAUCAACUGCCACUCUGAGUCGCAUGGUAAUCGACUGUGUGCUGGGUCAUAGUUUGCAAUUUUUAAGCUGUGUGCAUUAGAAGUAAAAUAUUGUGAGCCUUUAUGAAAUUGUGCGCGCUAUUGGCUUUAAUCAUAUGGCGGCUGAAUAUCUCCUCUCUUCUACUUGAACCACCCUGCUACAUUAUUGCCCAAAAUGAGGUUUGGUCUCCCCAAUCCCCUUCUGUUUGUGGUGCUUAAGUAAAUGUUUACUAAGAUAACUUGAGGAUUAACUGUCGCUCGGUGUGUUACAAGAAUCGCCAAUGCUUACUCUGCUAAUCUUUCCUCUUGAUACUUAAAGUAUAUAUGGUGAGUGGGCUACAUAUGAUACGUAAGUUAACGUAACUUAUUAGUGGUUUCAAUGAAUUUGGAAUGUUGGCCGGAACACACGAUGUGCAUUAAAUUGCCGUUGUCAUGAGUUUAAAGUUUUGGAUAAAGGAGUGUACAGGGUUGCUCUUGAGACCGGGUUACUUUCUUUGAAUUUUCCUUUGCAGUCGAGCUUUCUAGGGCGUUUGCAAUUUGUGUUUUACAUUUUCGGAUUUGCAUUACGUUGUUAAGCUCACAGUUGCACAAUUUUGCUUAACCGAACAAACAUUCCGAAUGAAAAUAUUGAACAAAUCUGUAACGGGCACAUACAUAGUGGGGGAAAUGUAAAAUUGCGUCUCAUACAUAGAGUAUUGAAUGUAAUGUAUAUAAUUGUUGGUGAUUGAUUUGAUGCGAAUGCCGGCUGACAAUGUAUAUAUGCCGUACUCCUUAAGUAAUUUUUGGGUAACACUGUAAAUAUUCCAGCUCAUUUGGUUUAUGUGAUGACCAAGUAUGAUUGUGUGGCACGUAUUUGGAAGCGAAUAAAACCUUCAAUAAAGAA